AUGUGUUCUCCUCACCACCACAAAACACUCUGCUGUGUUCUCAUCUCACCCUGCACCAAACUCGUUUACGGCAGUGCCGCUAGUUUUUAUUGGCUGAAGCUCCUGUUUGCUCCCGUGGUUUCAAAACGCGGGAGACUAAAGCGGCAACAUCGGGGGCGUUCGUGCGCGGAACCUAGCUCUUUUCCAUCGAGCAGGAACUAACGGGCGAUCGACUAGGUAUCGAGUUUUGCGCAGCCGCGUGAUAGGAGUCUAGUUUGAGGCGCCUCAAAAAGUGUUCGUGCGUGGAAACGAAUUAUUUGUCGUCGAGCGGGAACUAACGGGCGUUUGGCUUUUGUAUCGAGGUUUGCGCAGCCACACCAUGACGCGUAGACGGGCGCGGAAACAGCAAGGGGCGCGAAGCUAGCAUUUCCGGUCGAGGGUGUCGUUUAGGCUGUUUGAGGCAGCUUUAGGUGUUUCCAACGGUUAGCAAAGCACGUUUACGCAACCGAUCGGGUUACCACGUCCACUUCUGUCGCUCUCUUCGCCUCUUGACGAAACCAUCGCACACACCACACACGGCAAUGGUGGCCGAGGUGACAGUAGCGGGGUGGAUGUCCACCAGGGGGUUGACACUAACGGGGGCGAUCCCCUCCUGUACAGCGCGGCAUGGGAGAUCGACAGCACUGGCGAGUUCCGCAGCGGGCGCUGUUCGGAGAUUCGCGGUGCUGGGAAGGCAGAGGACGCUGAAGACGACGGCGGUCGUGGCGAGUUUUGGGGCGCCUCAAAAGUGGAGAUUCACCGUCCUGGGAAAGCAGAAGACCAAGACGAGACAAACGACGCAGGCCACAACGGUGGCGUCGUGUUCAGAAGCUGUUUGCGCGAGAUUUGGGUUCGGCGGUAGAGGCGGUGGGUUGGACGCUUUCGCAUACGGCCGUGCGAUGCGGCGAUCCCUCGCCGAGCCGGUCAUACGACGCCGUGCGAUCGCCGGGUCUGGUCGGCCGGCCAGGCUGCGAUUCGAGCUCGUGGGGCCGCCGUCCACGGCGUUGCCGCGACUCGACGUUAAGGCGUGCGACGGCGAUGACAGCGAUGACGUGGACACCAGCGCGUUCUGCGGCGGCUCCUCCGGCAACGGCGCACUCUUCCGCAUGGCCGGCUCGGGCGCAGCGACUGCUGACGUGUCACUCGCGGAUUCGCUGGACGAGCUGGGCGGCGGCGGCCCGGAGGAGCGGUUCGGCGUGAACGGGCGGCGCGUGAAGUUCAAAGUGGGCGGCUCGGAGGAAGCUUCGUCGGAGGUUCUUGGGGCGGCGGCGAAGGAGAUGGAGAAGGGUGUUGAGGCGGUCGGGUCGGCGGCGCUUAAAACGCGGAAGGAAGAGAGAGCAGAUUUGACCGAGGAAGAGGCGAAGCGAAAGAGAAGAUUGUCCCAUGGGCGCAUCAUUUCAGCCCUGCUCUUCGUCGCCCUCCUCGCUACCCUCCUCCUAGUCGACUCCUACAUCUGGCGCCUCAUCCGCCGCCCCCUAGCUGCCUUCUUCCUCACCAUCCCCUUUCUAGUCGCCGCCGCCACGUCAGCGUACGCAGGCGCCAUAGCCAUCCCGUUCCUGGGGUCCCUUAAAGCCCAGCAGGUGCUGCGGGUGGAGGGCCCCGCGACUCACGCAGUUAAAGCCGGGACGCCCACCAUGGGCGGGCUGUUCUUCGUCCCGCUGGGGGUGAUUGUAGCGAGAGUGGCUACAGGGAACCCCCCCGAGCUGGCGGGGGUGGCGGGCGCGACGCUGGCGUUGAUGGGAGUAGGGGCGGUGGACGAUGGGUUGUCGCUGGCUAAGAAGCACAACUACGGGCUGCCGGGGAUCGCCAAGCUCGGGCUACAGGUGGCUGUGGGCACGGCACUCAGUUACUGGCUGCAUGGAGCCAACCUGCAAUCACCAUACUCCAUGAAGAAUCUCGUUCCUCUGCCUCAACCCUUCGGUCUCUGGUACAUUGGCAGGUGGUACGUGCCUCUGACGGUCUUCUGCAUGGCGGCUAUGAGCAACGCCGUCAACCUCACCGAUGGUCUCGACGGUCUAGCUGCCGGCACCACUGCUGUAGCCUUUGUUGCCAUGGCCAUCGCAUGCCUCCCAAUAUACCCUGCCAUGGGAGCUUUUGGGGCAGCAAUGGCGGGGGCGUGCGUGGGGUUUCUAGCGCACAAUCGCCAUAAGGCGUCAGUCUUUAUGGGGGACACGGGCUCCUUAGCUCUGGGUGCUGCCCUUGCUGCUAUGGCUGCCACCACGGGCCUUUUCCUCCCGCUUUUCAUCGCCUCAUCAGUUUUCGUCUUGGAAACCGUGUCGGUGUCGCUACAGGUGUUUUUCUUCCAGCUGACCAAGCGGCUCACAGGCACGGGACGAAGAAUCUUCCGCAUGGCGCCCUUCCACCACCACCUGGAGCUCUCAGGGAUGGUGGAAACCACCGUCGUUAUGCUGGCUUAUAUUGCGGCAUUUGUGGCGGGAGCUGCUGCUGUCUGGGUGGCGAUAAUAUCGGUCUAGUCCAGCUCAUACUUUUUGCUUACCCGGCAAUGAUCCAGUUUUGUCUCGUAUAUUCAUGGCUUGUAACGUGUUCCCCUUAAAUGUACAAAUGAAUUUUUCCCUUCCUG